GACUAAUCUCCCCUCUCCUCCCUCUCCCCCUCCCCUCGCUCCCUUCGCUUCGCUUCCCUUCUCUUCUCUUCCUUUCACUUCUCUUCCCUCUCUCCCUCGAUUGUAGUGUUGCUGUGCUGCUUGUAUUUCCGCUUCUCUUGUGAGAUAUCACAAUGAAUUAUCUAAUUGGGGCAUUUGGACCCCCUUGCACUAUAUCUAUUUCUUUUGCCGAUGCUGAGACGCGCAAGCAGGCGAGUUUCAAGAAGGAGAAUGGACAGACAGUCUUGGUUCCUCUCUUUCUUGGACAAGAAAGCGUUGUUGGCGAGGUGCGAAUUGAACCCUUGCCUGGAAAGAAAUUCGAGCACACGGGGGUAAAGAUCGAGCUUUUAGGGCAAAUUGAGCUAUAUUUUGACAGGGGCAGUUUCUACGAUUUCACAUCCCUUGUGAGGGAGCUCGAUGUACCCGGCGAAAUUUUGGAGCGUAAGACGUAUCCUUUCGAAUUUUCUACUGUUGAAAUGCAGUACGAGUCCUAUAAUGGUGUCAAUGUGAGAUUGAGGUACAUAUUGAAAGUCACAAUCAGCAGGAGUUAUGCAACUAACAUUGUAGAAUACAAAGAUUUCUGGGUGCGGAACUUCUCACCUCAGCCCGAGAUCAACAAUAGUAUUAAGAUGGAGGUGGGAAUCGAAGACUGCUUGCACAUUGAAUUUGAGUACAGCAAGAGCAAGUAUCAUCUAAAGGAUGUGAUUGUGGGCAAGAUUUACUUUCUACUUGUCCGAAUCAAGAUCAAGCAUAUGGAGCUGGAAAUAAGAAGGCGAGAGUCUACUGGAUCAGGUCCUAACACUUACAAUGAGAGCGAGACACUAGCCAAGUAUGAAAUCAUGGAUGGCGCCCCUGUCCGUGGGGAGUCGAUUCCAAUCAGGUUAUUCUUGAGUCCUUAUGAUUUAACGCCAACCUACAGGAACAUCAACAAUAAGUUUAGUGUGAAGUAUUACCUUAAUUUGGUCUUGGUUGAUGAAGAAGGCCGGCGUUAUUUCAAACAGCAAGAGAUUACCAUGUAUCGAGCAGAAUAAGUUGAAGUUUCAGUAUUGCUGCUUUUGAUAUUUCCUGAUAUGUCCAUGGGCUGGGGUCAGUCUCUCCACAUGCUUUUCAUUAGAAUAGAUAGUGACUUCCAACCAUUGUGAAGGGGAAACAUCGGGAUUUACGCCUCACAUGCAGGUCAAGUGAAGAUGUUGCCUGGAGAUCUAUCAGUGUGCAUAAUUGUCAAGCGCUUUUCAAAAUCUUGAUGCUCAAUUCUCAAGUUCUGAAAGGGAUGUGUGCAUCUAGUUGGAAGAAUUUCGCAAUGUCAGUUUGUAGUAGUUCACGUGCUGUAGUGAUUCUGUCCUUGAACUCCCAUUUUCAUAUUGUAAGUAUGCAUUUGACAUCAAUACUUGCAGUUAAUAUUAGUAAACAGUGAGCGUUUUGCCUUCGGAGUUCGUAGGUAUGUUUAGUUAUAAGGAACAUGUAAAUUUAACCAGUUGACCCAAUUUUGAUAGCGGUCAAGUUUCCCAGCGCUAUUGAUAACCAGUUGACGUUGCAAGUUUUCAUUUUAGAAACUGGUUUUUUGAUUCAAUUUGGUUUAAGGUACUCA